UGCCUUGAGGCGACUGUGAUUUGGUGCUGUACAAAUAAAAUUGAACUGAAUGAACUGAAUUGUAAGAGUGAGUGAUGUAAGCAUGUUCAAUAAUGUGUUCUUUGAUGACUAGUCCAUCCCUCCCCGGAUAGACCUCUUUUUUAAUUCGGGGUUGGAGAUUAAGCAGUUUGUUUGUUUUUUAUCUCCAACUAAAAACUGUCCAAGGUUGGACAUGAAACCUUCAUGUCCAAGUUUUCAUGGACAUAAAAAUUUGUGACUGUCAUGUCCAUUCUUAUUGCUAUGUUUAUCCACCAAUACUGACAGUUAGUACUGUAGUUUUUUUUAGUGUCACAAUUUAAAACAAAUGAGUUCCUGUUGCAUUGCAGAAAUAAACAAACAAAUACAUUUUAAGAUUUUUUUUUUAGUUUUUCUUUUUUUGUUAUUUAAAACUUCCUGUUUUUAAAGUGAGGAAACAUCAACAAUGCAAGAAUGUGACACACUACAUGUAAUUUUAACUCCCCUUGCUCCACUCUAAGAAGAGAGAGACAUCAUUAUGGAGUUAUUGUGAAACAGUCUAAUGUGAUCAAUUGAGCAACCUAAAUAUUUUUGUAGAUUUGCUAUGACAUGUUUUAAAAGUUAUAAUUAUGUCCACACACAAACCUGUUCACCAUAUUUGGAGAACUGUGGAUAGACAGUUUUCAAAUUUCAAACUGAAAACAAUACAAGGAAAUGGGAAGCCCCCCCAGUGCCUAGGCUUCCAGAAGUUUCCCAGAAAACAAAUCUGAAAUGUGCUGAGACACGGAGCUUGUCUAAGUCUACAACCUAGGUCUGGACAUUGACGUUGUUUGGUCACUUGGGACAUAUAAAAGGUAGAUCUGAACUAAUGGCUGAAGAAAUACAACUUAGAGAAAAGAAGCAGAAAACUCUACCUCGGUCUGAUGGGUGUGGUCUGAAUAACUUUGAUGGUCUGGAUUUGUCUGGAGGUUUGAGGAUAGUCUUAGUGGGAAAGACUGGAUCAGGGAAGAGUGCAACCGGAAACACUAUCCUUGGAAGAAUUGCCUUCAAAGAGGAUCCCAGCUCUGUGUCUGUGACCAAACACUGUGAGAUUCAUAGUGGGGAAGUGGAUGGGACCUUGGUGCAGGUUAUUGACACUCCGGGUCUGUUUGAUACAGGCAUCUCAGAGGAAGAAUUAAAAGUCAGAAUAGAGGAGUGUGUCAAAAUGUCAGUUCCUGGCCCUCAUGCUUUCCUACUGGUAAUCCGGCUUGGAGUAAGGUUCACGGAAGAGGAAAGAAAUGCUGUUAAGUGGAUCCAAGAUAACUUUGGAGACGAUGCUUCCAUGUACACAAUCAUGCUGUUUACGUGUAAAGAUCAAGCUAAAGCUGACAAUGCUCUGAAGGAGUGCAAGGAGCUGCGGAGACUCUCGAUCACAUUUGGACGCAGAUAUCAUGCUUUCAACAACACUGACGUGGAUGACCGUGUGCAGGUAAAAGAGCUGAUCAAUAUGAUCAAGGAAAUGGUACAGGAUAACGGUGGUAAGCACUACACGAAUGAAAUGUAUGAGAAAGCCCAGAGGAAGCUGAGAGAGGAGGAGGAGCGGAGGAAGCAAGAGGAGGAACAGAAGAAAGAGGAGGAAAGGAAAAUAUGGGAUGCAGAGAGACAGAAGCAGGAGGAAAAGAAAAUCAGGAAGAAAAAGGUUCAAAGAAAGAAUAUACGCGUGGCCGCAGCUUCUGCUGUUGUCUUGGUGUUUGCUGGGGUGGUCAUUGCAGUGGGAGCUAACACCACAGUGGCCCUGGCUCUAGGCGCCCCUGCACUUGUCCUGGGAAUCUUAUGCGGUUUAUCUGCCAUUUUCAUUUGGAAAGGCAUAAAAUGCAAGGCUAAAGCAAACGUGCCUGUAUAACAAGAUGGAGGGUAGUGGCAAGGCUAUUGUUUGGCUACAGUUUGUGUCACUGAAUAAAAAACAGAAAUAUUCCAUAUACAGUAUUAGUAUCUCACACAUUAUGGUUUGGAACUAUGCGUUAGUGACUUGUUUAGGUUCUGUUUCAAAACGAGUAUGUGAAUUUAAAGCUAAUAGUAAACAAAUGGUAUGAAAUGUGCUUGUUUGUCUUUUUUAUCGUUUACAUCUUAUAUAUGAAUGUGAGUAUCACUUCUUUUGGCUCUUUAGUAGGAUUCAAAAUAAUUAAUAUUAAAACCCAAAUGUAAAAAGUUUUUUCACCUAUAGAUUAUACCUUGGUAACUUAUAACUGUUAAAAUGCGCAGACACUGACACACUGCUUCCUUUACUUUUUAUUAGUAGCAUUCUGAGCUCAUUUCCCCAAAGGAAAUGAGAAACAAUGGUAGACGUCCAUUGACCCAUCACGUCUGCGGAAACAGAGCAAGUCCUCAUUGUCCUGCCACUACAACAAUGUCAGUGCAUACCAUCAGUACAAACAUGACCAGCACAGAUGUUAAAAUGAAUGGUAGUUAGUUUCUGUCAACCACAAAAGGAUCAAAGUAAGGACACUGCUACUUUUUCUGCAAUUAAGAACAAAACACACUGAAGCUGAACAUUAUUUAUUUAAAAUUACAAAUGAAAGGAGGCGCAGUAUCAAAUAAAGGGUGUGUUCAGAUGUGAAAAGGUUGUAAACUGAGUUAUGGUG